AUGAACACGGCACCCCACAAGGACAUCACGAGCGAUCAGAGCUCCUCCCACGCCGCCGCCGACGCCGUCCGCGCCAUCGAGCGCACCAACAGCUGGAAACCUUCCUUUGAGCGCCGCCAGAGCUGGAACAAGGAGGACCAGAAGCGCGCGUUGCAGAUGAGCCACAUCGAGGACGUCAAAACUGGUCCCGGCUUCACCGAGCGCGGCUAA